AUGCCAUGGAAGGGUGGGCCCAGGCCAGUUCCGUGGCGAGCGGGCCUGGGAAACUGCACAGAUGAUACUGGUGAUACGGGUGGGCCGGGCCAAUACAUCAUGCUGCUAAAAUGCGGGCCCGCCGGUUAUCUGAUACAUGAACUGGGCCCGAUCUCAGUCAACGGGAUGGGCGGACAGGCCUGGUGGAUCACUCGCACACUAGGCAUUGGCCCGGCGGCUGUGCUGUUGCUAGCGAGUGGGCCCACUCCAUCCCUUCAUACGCAUGGGCUCAUACAGAUGCUCCCCUGCAUACCGGUGGGCCCCGGCGGUGUAUUCUGGUGUCAGGAGUGGGCUGAUGCACGCCAGAUCGAUAGAGUUGGCCUAUGUGAGGUACACAGCAGACACGGGUGGGCCCAUGUGACACCAUAUCCCGAAAUUGAUGAGCAGGGGUGUAACCAUGGCCUUCUAAUGAGUAGAGAUACAAUUUCAUGA